GAACUGGUAAAGUUAAUACGGGCUUUGAGUCAAAAAUUCCAUCAUCCAUCAAUAAAGAGUCUGCAUCGAGGUCAAUUUAUUUGGAAUCUGGCAAACGGUCCUCUUAUAGAUCAGUACAUUUAUGCCUUGGGCCAGAACAAAUACCGUGAAGUUGUGGAACAAGUCAUUGAGCAGUUUAAGGGGAAAGUGAUACCCAAGCUAAGCAGUUUUCGAGCCUGUAUCAAUCACGGAGAUCUUAAUGACCACAACAUUCUGGUAGACUCCAGUUCUGCCUCCCAGGAGAAUCCCCAGUACAGAGUGUCUGGCAUCCUGGAUUUUAGUGACAUGAGCUACGGCUAUUACGUAUUUGAAGUGGCAAUAGCCAUCAUGUACAUGAUGAUUGAGAGCCCGGAUCCUCUGAGCGUUGGAGGGCACGUCCUGGCGGGCUUCGAAAGCGUCUUGCCCCUCACCGCCGAGGAGCGAGCCGCCCUCUUCCUCUUGGUGAGCGGCAGGUUUUCCCAGUCCCUUGUCAUUGCUGCCCACACGGCCUUGCUCUACCCGGAAAAUAAGGAAUACCUCAUGAUCACGGCCAAAACCGGCUGGAAACACUUAAUGAAAAUGUUUGAGGUGGGCCAGGAAGCCGUGGAGAAGACGUGGUUUGAGACUGCCAGAGCAUACGCGGCCCGCGGGCCUGCCCACUAG